AUGUCUUCUCACAAGACCUUCAGGAUCAAGAGGUUCCUGGCCAAGAAACAGAAGCAGAACCGGCCCAUUCCCCAGUGGAUCUGGAUGAAAACGGGGAACCGAAUCCGGUACAACGCCAAGCGGAGGCACUGGAGACGGACCAAGCUGGGCCUGUGA